UCUAAAUUUCCUAGUUACUCGAGAUAUAGAGGACUACGCAGGACAGGAAGCACUGAAGGAAGCAGAAGCACUGACCAACGUUUGACAAAAUCAUCCAAUGGCCCUACCAUCAAGUUAUCGGCAGCCCAACAUUCUCCCCAAUUUGGGGCAAUCCUUGGGCAGUCCCACUCAUCCCUAUGGUUCCCCUGCAGGAAGCCUGAGUUUCAACAUUCUCAAAGACUUUAAAAUCAAACUUAUCUAUCAAUACUUGCAGAAGGAUAUUGGCUCCAGCCCCUUCUCUCCAUCCAGCCAUGCAGCUUUUGCCCCACAGAAGUUGACCUCUCGGAAUAGUGGAGGUGUGCCAAAACCUCCUAAGCCUCCAGAGAAGCCUCUGAUGCCUUACAUGCGGUACAGCCGGAAGGUUUGGGACCAGGUCAAGUCAGCCAAUCCAGACAUGAAGUUGUGGGAGAUCGGGAAGAUCAUAGGGCAGAUGUGGCGGGAUCUAGAUGAGUCCCACAAGCAGGUCUUUGUGGAUGAAUAUGAGUCUGAGAAGGUGGAAUAUGAGAAAGCUCUGCGAGUUUACCACAGCUCCCCUGCCUACCAGACCUUCAUUGCAGCUAAGGCCAAGGGGAAACUGGCACCCCCAGUGGAAGAGAAGGAGCCAGUGGAGAAACAGUCUGCCAUGAGCAAAGCCAUCGACCGCCGCAUCGACAUCCAGCCGGCAGAGGAUGAAGAAGACCAGGAUGAUGGGUUUUCUGUGAAACAUCUGGCAAAGGCACGGUACAUGCGGAACCAUCGCCUCAUCAACGAGAUCUUCUCGGAAGUGAUGGUCCCAGAUGUGCGGUCAGUGGUCACCACAGCUCGAAUGCAGGUCCUCAAGAAACAGGUCCAGUCCCUCACCAUGCACCAGAUCUGCAAUCGCACCAUUGAUGAUGACAUGUUCCAAAACAUGGUGGAGAAGCAGUAUGAAAUGCUCAAGCAGGGAAUAGAGGAGAAGAAGAAAGCAGCAGCAACAGCAGCUGCUGCUCAGCCUACUGCUACAGCUGUUGAAGUCACAUCAGAGGAAGGAGACAAAUUAGAGCCUACCAAGGUUGAUGAUGAACCCAUGGAGACUUCUGAAGCUGAUGAGACUGUUGAGCCAAAACAACCAGAACCAACUCAGGUCAUGGAUGCAACAGAGAUCGAACCUGAAAAGCAGGAAGAGGAGCCAGAUAAGACAGAGGAGCCAGCAGGGGACGCUGUCACUCAGAGUACAGAAGAUUCUUUCACGGAAGGAAUGAAUGGCCCAACACAGCCUGAUGAGGAACAGCAAGAACAGCAGCUGCAGGAGCAGGAUGAGGAGCAAAACCAGGACCAGGAACAGGAUCCAGAUCGAGACCCAGAUCCGGAUCAGGAUUCAACCGACCAGAUGGAUACAGCAUAUCUGCAGCCACCUGCUGCUGGUGGAGAUUCCCAAGAAGAGUACUCGCUCCCGCCGCAGCAGCCUUUCCCCUUCCCAGGUCGACAGGAACCGCAGCCUCGCCUUCCGUACCAGCAACCCUAUCCACAGCAGCCUGGAUCGUACUAUCAGGGCUAUCCUCAGCACCAGGGCUAUCCCCCGCAGCAGCAGCAGCAGUACCAUGCUGGGUUUCAACAGGGGUAUCCAAGUCAGGGCUGGCAGGGUCACCCAAGCCAGGGAAAGCCCUACAAUGUCCCAUCCACCCCUGGCCAGCAGAUCACUACUUCCAACACAUUUGUUCCUCCAAAAAUGGAUGAAGUGCCCCCCCAGGCAUCUACUCCAUCCCAGUCUUCUGAGGCUGCCCCUCCUGUCACUCAGGAACCACCUCAGCCACAGCAGCAGCUGCCACCACCACCUCCUUCAUCUUCAUCAGAAGGGCAGCCUGUUCCUCCAACAAAAGACCUUACCCCAAUGUAACAAAACAAAGUGUAUGAUGCCAAG